AUGGGGAUCGCACCUGACGGGACGCCUCCGACCAUCGGAGGCAGCGCAGUCACCAUUCCUUCGACUACGGCGCAAGAGCGCAUCGCUUCGAACACACCCCUACCAAACACUCCCCCGAGCGAGCUCACCUUCGGGCAACCGACAAAAGCAACCUUCGACCAAGUUGGAUUCGGCAAGACAUGGGCGUCACCGGCAGACCAGGGGCCAGCCUUCUCAUCACUUAGCGCCACUGCGAAAGAAGCAUCCUCAGACGACUUCACCACUACACUUUCAGAUCGCAACUGCAGCGAUGAUGUUUUGUCGCGCGCGCUACACAGGGCGAAAGCGAAACGUUCAGCCGUGUUUGGGCAUGCCGACAAAGCAGCAGAUCAUGUCCUUGGCGAAUACCUCGACAGCACUUAUGCUCAUGAUCUACCGGGCUGCGAUAGCCUUCGAGACCUCAUGCAAGCUCUCCAACCGGUCAAAUCGGAAGCCAUGCGGUUUAUGCGCUACCUAUUUGACAAAGCCGCCACUGCACAGGCCGCAAAUCAUUUGCACGCAACGUACUCCUAUCUCAAUACUGGACGGCGUGAGCGCUACCAGAGGUCCGACAUGAGAGGAGGACAAGUGAAGACAGAGGAGAACAAGGAGGCGAGCAGGUACUUUGGUGCUAUGACUGCCAGGAAGUCUCGCAUCAAGCUGUCUCCUUGGGACCAGCCAGAGAAUCCCUACGAGACCUGCUGCGAUCACCCGACUACCCCGGCGACCGAAUAUCGCAAGGAAUUCCUCGGCACACCAUUCGAUCUGAUGGGGCUGCCACCGGAGCUGCGUGUACGGAUCUUCGAGCUUGCGCUGGCACCAGGCAGUGUCAGUCUGACCAGCUGUGCCCAUCAGAUGCCUCAAUCGACCUUCCCCGUACUGACUCCGGCCCUACUCCGCACCUCUCGACAGUUGAAGCAAGAAGCGGAAGGUCUGCUAGAGGCGAACACGCUGAUUGUCAACGCCUCGCUACAGAGUGGCACUCGAUCAGUCAUCCAUCGCACUGAGGUCCCACCAGCGCUCUUGUCGAAGAUCAAGAGAUUGGUGCUCGUCGUCGACGCCAUCAAUUACAACGUGGGUCCGCCGCCCGAAUCCAAAGUUCAAUUCGACUGGAGACAGCUUCAAGCACUUACCUCCCUCACACACCUCCGCGUCAUCGGGCUCGAGAGUCCCAAUUCCGAUGUUGCUGUUGACUUUUGGGAGCUGGUUCUUGGGGAGAUUGUGAGGAGGAUUCCCGCGAACUGCAAACUUGAGUAUGGCGCAGAAUCUCCUCUCGAGAUUGCGCACGUCUCGCGCAUGGCGCGGACGAUUGAGAAGGCACCGAGGAGAUGGGCUGGGAGCGGGCCUAAGAAGGUGGAUGAAGCUGCUGUAGCAAAGCUGAAGCAGGCGGCCGCGCGGGUUUCUGCGAACGUGGAACAAGGUGUCAAGUCGGGACAGUCGUAUCUCGCCGCGAUGUCCCGGCCGUCAAUAUCAACACCAUGCCCGGCACCCUGGCCGUCCGGGCCUUUCCAAGGAAGAAGGCUGAGCGCGACUUCAGUCGGCAGUCUGGACGACACUGCCAACAUCGAAUACACGCGCGCAAUGGAUCUUGAAAUUGGACGCGCCAAACCAAGGAGGAAGUCGACGUUCAAGAGAAAGGAACAGAAAGCAGCACCUAUCACGAUCUUCGAGGAUGUUCUAGAGGAUGAAGAGCUGGCCGUGGAGCCGAGGAGAGCGGUCGCCGGCAGCACGUUGCUCGCUAGACCGGCGCAGAAACCGACGCAUCGCGCCGUAUCGAGAGCGCCUGAUGUGUUGCAAGAGAAGCAGCGGCUACAGCAACCGAGGGCACAGCAGCGGACAUCACCUUCACAACAAAUGGCGGCGACCCAAAACUAUGUCAAGAUGCAGAGCCAUGUCGACAGGGAGCUCGGGGGAGCGAAGGAAGAACUGGGAGGGAAUGGCAGAGCAAAUGCGGGACUGAAGAAGGAGCCACGAAGACGAACGAUCUUUGUGCCUUCGGACGACACGACUCUACUCACCAUUCACCCCGGCGCGCAAACGACUGGCCGGCUCGACGACACUUUCCAGCUGGCUAGUCUACACGGACAACCGCCUAUAGCUCAGGAAAGAGCGGCAAAACCUCAGCCGCCUACUGCCAAAGCCUUCAAGCGACCCAGGCUCUCCAUGGCUGUCGCGCCAAAACGACUUCCGUUGACAUCGGUCCCUUCGCAGGACCUUUCAAACAAGCUCGGAUUUGACGUUACUGGUACUAACGGUGGCAAAGAAAAUCUGCCUCCUGGCGGCGAUGAGGCAGCCAGUGUCGUCACUCAGAGCAAGAAACCAACGGUGGUGAUUCCCGAGAAACCAAUUGCUCAUUCGUCGCUAUUUCAGCCAACUGCUGCCUCGAAAGCUCGACAAUCAAUUGUCCCGCGGGCUGCAGUUCCUCUGCCGAGAACCUCUGCGAGCAUAUGUGCGACGCUCGUGCCGGCGAAAGGCCGAACCUUGCGACCAGAUGGUAGUGCGCAGCAAGCAGACAAAAGCAACCGUGACGAUUCGCGUGCUCAACCGUCCCAGCAAGCGAGGAAAGCAUGGCCGGAAACUAAGACAGACUUGAAAGCGAUCAACGGACGACGAAGCGUGAACCGCGUCAGGCCAGCGGAGCGAAAAGUACCUAGACUCGCGCAAUAUCCUGUCUUGUCUGAAGACCUUGCCGAGCCGGAACUGUACGAGGAUAGCUGGCUCAGUCACCAGGAGAUUGCUUUGACUGAGGUCGUAAAUCAGAUACUACGAGCUGCUGGACCGGACGAGGACGGCUGGCGGCAGCCUACCAUCAGCCUCAGAGAACGUCUGAUCAAAGUCUACCAUCAGCAGGAGGUCACGACGCUGUACAGACGCCUACAAGCUUCGCUUCUGUACGGAGCUCUUAGCAGACCCAAAGAUGCGCCAUUGCCACCAGAGCCUGCAUUGGACAUCGGGCUACGGAAGCGUUUUCUGAGUUUAUGGCUGGACAGUUACGAUCACAGGGCUCUUCAAGCCGCAGCGGAGGUGGUCUUCGGCCACCAACUGCCCAAGCGAACAUCUGCGAGCGGAAGGAGCACUGAUGCUACUCUCGACCCACACAACGGCCGCAGAACGCUCAUUGGCUUUUUGGAGACGUUUUUGGUGGAUCUCGAAGAUGUUGAAGAGCCAGACACCGACCGAGGCGACGAUCUUCAUCCGAGAUGGCGCAAAUUAGUGACUCGCAGCCUGAUGCUGGUGUGGUUGCUUGACCAAGCCAGUGUCGCCAAAUUCACGGAUGGCUGCUUGUUCAAGUCCAGCUCAUCACGGAAGAGCUCGACAGCCGUUCUUCAGGCUCUGGCCACCAUGCUUAUCCCGUCUAUCGGAGAUCUGACCAGAGUACUUCGGCAUCUCGACUAUGAAGUGUCACACGUCCAGGAUCCGCUCGAUGAAGUUCAGUACCGGAUCAACAACAUCGCGAUCGAUCUGCGUAACGGGAUCCUCCUGACCAGAUUGGUAGAGGUCUUGUUGUUCUCGCGUAACCAGGAUCCAGUGGUGAACGCAGCAUCAGACGCAACUGUAACGAUUCAGAUGCCGGACCUCACUAUCCUGGAGAGCACAUUGCAUGACACCUCGGGCAUGCGGAGCCCGCGGAUACUGGCUCAGCACCUCAAGAUGCCUUGCAUUGGCCGGGUACAGAAGGUCUUCAACGUGGAGAUAGCGCUGAGUGCGCUUCGAGACCAUGGCAGGACGGCCGACGGUACAGAUGAGGUAUCAGCGAUGGACAUCGUCAACGGUCACCGGGAGAAGACGUUGGGCUUGUUAUGGUCGCUUGUCAGUGUGCACGGUCUGGACCAACUGGUGGACUUUGAUGAGCUGGCGGCAGACACGAGACGAGCAUUCAGGAGUACAGUGGAGCUACCGACCGACUUCACCGACCUUUCACAGAGCGACCAAGAGAGUCUUCUUAAGAAGUGGGCCUCCGCACAUUGCGCUGGGAGAGGACUGCGGAUCGGGAAUCUGACGACAGCUUUCGCCGACGGGAAAGCAUAUGUUGCGAUUCUUGACGACUUCGCAUUGUUUAGGGAAGGCUUGUCACAUCGCUCUUCCACGUCCAGUGGCCAAAGUCCUCUCCAACAACAGCUGCGAGGUCUCGGAUGCAGCACGGCAUUCAUCAACCAGCUCGUGGCGAAUGCUGGUACAAUCCCCAGCCGAAAGACGACCAUCUCUAACCUUGCAUUCCUUGCCUCCCGACUUCUGCCACUUGCGCGAAGACAAAAUGCUGCGACCAUCAUUCAGCGCGCUUUCCGUCAUCGGCAGCUGAAGGCCAUUGUAUCGAAACACACUGCAUUGAUGCGCCUGGCUCACGCCUGCGCCUCUGUUGUACAGACGCACCAGAGGAUGACCGCCGCUGUGACGACUUUGCAGAGAGCUUGGCGAAGAGUGGUGGAUACGAGGAUCGAGAGGCUCAACAAUGAUGUUGCCGGCUUCCAAUGUAUAGCCAAAGGCUGGCUCGGCCGGCGAAUGUUCAGACUUGGAGGACGUGCGCAGUCGCUCCGAGGUGUGUGGGUGGCUGGUAGACUGCAUGAUGAUCAACUUGUAUUCGACUACCGAGAGCGUUAG